AUGUCAACACCCGGUGAUCUUAGCCAUCCAAUGCGCACUCAAUUGAAAAAUGUUGGGAAAACAGAGCCUCAGCAUAGUGGAUCACAUCAAGCUUUGUUUCCAGAAAUGAUGACGAAUUUUAGAAAAGAAUACGACAAAGAACCGAAGGGGAGAUGCAACACGAAAUACACUAUUCGAAGCCAAACAGAUUGGGAUGGAGUACUGCGAAUAAUCAUUGCAGCUCAAGAUGCCAGAGGUGAUGCUCGACCCGGAGCCGCUGGAAAAGUAAAGAAAUUUGCGGGGAAACUUAAUGCCCACUCGACUAAAGUCAAGAAACUUGUCCCAUUAAUCCCGAGCAAUACUUAUACAUCGCCCGUGAUCAUUGUGCUGAACGUGAUAUUUGAUGCUAUGAAAGCGUCCAACACUGUUCGGGAAGAGCUCCUGAAAUCACUGGAUAGUUUUCGUGACUCUUUUGAGGACAUUGAGACCUAUUUUUCAAUUUAUCAUGGAUUUCCGGAAGUAUCGAAGGCAGCUAUAUCCUUGGGGGUUGCCAUCUUGAAAGCAAUUGAAGAGGUGAUUGGUUAUUAUCUUCAACACACAGCAUUUAAAGCAUCGGAGGCGCUUUGGAAUGGCGAAGAUUACAAAAAAUCAAUCACAGCGAGCCUCAAAGAUAUUACCACACACGGAAACCGUCUUCAUCUUGAAGCCGAAAAAGCCAAUUUCAAGGAAAAUCACGAGACACACACUGGCGUGAUUGAUGCAAAUAAUGGUAUCCAACAAGUUCACGAUGAAGUUUCCGAGCUACCUACAAUAUUGAAGGAAAUGUUCCUGGACUUUGAAAACAAUCUAAAAAGAAGAUAUGCCCAAGAAGAAGCUUUGAGAUACGAAAACAUGUAUCUUCGAGUGGAGAACAAUUUCUUUCGUGCUAUUACACCACCUCCCCAACAAGGGCUGCCAUUGCCCCAAGAACCCCAUAUCUCCCAAGGAGAGUUGCAAAGGCUGCUUGAUGUACCCCCGAUGAGUGGUGCGCCAGAAAGCUAUGUCGAACAAACCAACCAAGAUCUAGCGCACGCUUUGAGAUCUAAGCACCAGUUUGAACUAGCAGGCCAGGAGUUACCCGAAAUUAUUACAAAAUCUUCACAGUUUAGACAAUGGCUAGUCAACCCAGUAUCUAGAGAGCUUCUCAUCCAUGGGAAUAGAUCAUCUGAGGCGACAUCCCCUCUAACUCUCUUCUGCUCCCUGUUGAUCAAGAAUUUGAUCAGUAUGGACCGCUUCCGUACCGUCUUCUUCUUCUGCGGAUCUCAUACACGAUCAACACAUUAUGAUCCCUAUUCCGGAGGUGCUUCAAUGAUCAAGAGCUUUCUCGCGCAGUUACUUUCACAAAAUCAAUUCGAUUUGAAAUUCCUAAGCCUUGGCGACAUCGAGCAGAUUAAGGCAAACAAUCUUGAAGCGCUCCGAUGGCUUUUCAAGACUCUCGUGCAACAUUUGGAUAGAGAAGUAACCUUGUUUUGUAUCAUUGAUGGUAUUGAUUUUUACUGUGAUCAUCAUGGCCCUCAUUUCGAAGAUAUGCAGCUGGUGGUGGAGUCUUGUUUAGAGCUUCGAGAGGCGACCGAUAUGCGAGCGACCUUCAAGCUGCUCAUAUCUUGCUCUUCAAGUACAGAGCUUAGCAAAUAUAUAAGGGGUGAUUGUUUUUUGAAUUUGACUCCAGGGGAAAGAACAGGUAUCGAAUUCAGCUCAUCGCGAUUCGAAAGAGAAUUUGGCAACGAAUUUUCAGAAAGGUAUUAUUGAAGUUCUGAGGUUACAAACGCUACCCGCGCCACUAGUAUUAAAAUCCAACCUUUGAUGGUUUGUCGGCUUUUGUUAAUGCCGACUGGUUCCCAGUUGGUAAGCGAGUGUUCCCUAGCAUGUACAACUCCAUGGAGACCUCGGAGUUGAGCUAGAAUAAUAACUUUCACAUCAUAUAAUCA